AUGCCGGGACUGCAGACCUGGACAGUGUACCUGCUGCAGGGAGCGGGCACCCUGUGCCCCCAGCCCGCCACCCCCAGCUCCGGCCGGCUGCCCGCUGCUGCCUCCUCCAAUGCGCUCUUCUCCCACCACCUGCAGGAGGAAGCUGGUCCUGGGCAGCUCCGGGAAAGCACAGAGGACCUCAGCCUGGACUGGGGGGCCCUGCAGGGCAGCCAGUAUCUCCAGGACCUGGGCCUUGAGGCCCCUGCCCACCGCCAGCCUGGAGCGGCCAGGGACAGUGACCCCCCAAGCGAAGCAGCAGGAAGCGGCUCAUCCUGCUCCAGCUCAGCUGGACCCCAGGGCCUACGUCGGAGAUGCAGCUGGGCGAGGUCCCGCAGCUGCUCGGACGGCUGCCAGAGGUUCAGCCUGGACUCCUCCGCUGUGAGUGAGGGGCCCUGUCUCCCUCGGGCGCUGGCGACCCUUGCCCUGAACCUUCCUGGGGAGAGUCUGCAGGCCUGGACUAAAGAGUGUCUCUCCGGGGGCAGGACCCCAGCGAAGCCCCCAGGCAAGGAAGGUGACGGCCUGGAGGAGAGAGUGAGGUCCCAGUCGGUUCCCGUGACCUUGGAUGAGGUCAGCGCCCUGGAAAGCUCUCGGGCUUUGGAGGUGCCCACUCAAGCUGCCCAAGGCCUGGAGCCACCAGUGCUGGAGGGUCUGGAAAAGGACCACGUGGAACCAGAUCAUGUGCUGAUGGUCCAGCAGGUACUGCAAGAACUUCGACAGUACCAUGGGGCUCAGCAGAGGGCUCACUUGUCCGUCAGUCCCAGAGAAGCCCCCUCGAACCUCACCUGGUUUGAGUUCUUGUCCGAGAGCGAGGAUGGAGCCAGCAAGAUGGAGAGGAGUGACAGGGGCACCAUCAGGGCGAAGUGCAGACUCAGCUCACUGCGCAGUCGAGUCACCAGGCACAAGGACAAGGGGAAAAGCCCUGUCCAGCUGAAGGACAAGGAUCAGGAUGCUCGAGAGAGAAAGGAAUGUGUCGCUGGCCACCAACUGCCGCGAGGAGCCGUCUCCAGCCACUCCCACUGCCCCCUGUGCAGCCAGCCCCUUCUCAGCUCUGGACCUGUCUCAUAUUUCUACAAGAAGGUCCUAAUCGCCGGGGUGGAGUUUAAUGUGGUGCAGAAAUGGCGGGCAAUGCCUGCCCUGGACCCCGAAGGCCUCGAUUUCAUGAGUCCGGGAGCCCCAACCGCGAGCAUGGGGAACGCGCAUCCCAAAGGCAGCGGCAGGGGCAGUGCGCCGCCCCGCCCCGAGCUGUCCUUCUGUGGCUCCUUUCCCAGGAGAUGGGGCGAGAAUGUCUUUCUAAAUAACGAGCUGCUAACCUCCAAGAUCCUGUCCAUGCUGCGGCCACAGUCAGAGCAGGGCUUCCAGACGGGCCGCCUCCGCUACCCUGCCCCCUUCCUCAGCACCAACUCUGUCCUUGCCUCCGCCACAGCGCCCCCACAGCCAGCACCCAGCGCCCGGCGGACAGGGGCGAGACUCGGACCAGUCAUAGGAGAGAUGGAUGAAGCCGACUCUGUAUUUUUGAAAUUUAAGCAGGUAGCUGACGACUCCGUUUCACUUAGUGCUAAGCAGUGGCCUCCCGCCCUUCCCCCAGACCCCUACACUGCCUCACUGAGGAGUGAGAUCGAAUCGGACGCCCACGAGUUCGAGGCCGAGUCCUGGAGCCUGUCUGUGGACCCGGCGUACGCAAAGGAACAAAAGAAGGAGGUGGCGAAGAGACAGGAUGUGAUUUAUGAGCUGAUUCAGACGGAGGUGCACCACGUGCGGACGCUCAAGAUCAUGCUGAAGGUCUACGCCAGGGCCCUGCAGGAGGAGCUGCAGCUCAGCAGCAAGGCUGUCAGCCGCCUCUUCCCGUGUGCAGACGACCUGCUCGAGGUGCAUGGCCACUUUCUCUCCCGGCUAAAGGAACGCCGCCAGGAGUCCCUGGAAGAGGGCAGCGACCGGAAUUACAUCAUCCAGAAAAUCGGGGACCUCCUGGUACAGCAGUUUUCAGGUGAAAAUGGAGAGAGAAUGAAAAAGAAAUACGGUGUCUUUUGUAGUGGACACAACGAAGCAGUCAGUCAUUACAAAUUGUUGCUGCAGCAAAAUAAGAAAUUUCAAAACUUGAUCAAGAAAAUCGGCAGCUCUCCCAUCGUGAGACGCCUUGGCGUGCAGGAGUGCAUUCUGCUGGUCACUCAGCGCAUAACCAAGUACCCCGUGCUGGUGGAGCGCAUCAUUCAGAACACGGAAGCUGGCUCCAAGGACUACGAAGACCUGACCCAGGCCCUGAACCUCAUCAAAGAUGUUAUCUCACAAGUGGACACCCAGGUCAGCGAGUGGGAGAAAGGCCAGCGCCUCAGAGAGAUCGCAGGGAGGAUGGACCUGAAGUCCUCCAGCAAGCUCAAGAAUGGGCUGCCCUUCCGCAAGGAGGACAUGCUGCAGCGGCAGCUGCACCUGGAAGGCACGCUGGCCUGGAAGACCACGGCGGGGCGCCUGAAAGAUGUCCUUGCCGUCCUGUUGACCGAUGUGCUGUUGCUGCUACAAGAAAAGGAUCAGAAGUACGUCUUUGCUUCUGUGGACUCGAAGCGCCCCGUCAUCUCAUUACAAAAGCUCAUUGUGAGGGAAGUAGCCAACGAGGAAAAAGCCAUGUUUCUGAUCAGCGCCUCCCUGAAAGGGCCUGAGAUGUACGAGAUUUACACCAGCUCCAAAGAGGAGAGAAACGCCUGGAUGGCCCACAUCCGAAGGGCCGUUGAGAGCUGUCCGGACGAGGAGGAAGGGCCCUUCAGCGAGGCUGAGGAGGAGAGGAAGGUGGUGGAGGCCCGCGCCCUGAGGCUGAGGGACUUCCAAGAACGACUGAGCCUGAAAGACCAGCAGAUCGCACUGAGCCUGCGAGAGAAGCAGCAGAUCUUCCUGGAGAUGGCCGACAUGAGUGGCCUGGACGACUCGGCUCAGCCGCACCCCCUCUUCCGAGGAGGGGACCUCUCAGAGAACCUGCAGGGCGAGAGGAUCCUCAAGUCAGCCAUGACCGAGAUCGAGGACAUCCAGAGCCUCAUCUGCAGGCGGCUGGGCGGCACCAGUGGCCAGGCAGAUGGGGGUGCCCCUGCGGGCCUGCACCAGAGGGCAGAGGCCUUUGGAGGCUCCGACAGCAGCAGUGACCCUGGCAAGAGUGGCAGUUGUAGGAGGAAGGUAUGCAGCAGUGGCCUCAGCCCAGGAGACUGGCAAGACCCUGUGAGCAGUGCAGAUGCGAAGCUCGGCGACACCCCAGGCGCCUCUGAGGAAGCACCGUGGGCGGUGGAGGCCCCAGGCACCGAGUGUGGCCCCCGUCUGCCCACAGUCCUGGAGUUGGAGCUGGUCCAGCGGGUCCAGACACUGUCCCAGCUGCUCCUGAGCCUCCAGGCGGUCAUCACCCAGCAGGACAGCUACGUGGAGAUGCAGAGGGCCUCCAUCCAGGAGCGCGAGAAGCAGUUCCGGCUGCAGUCGACACGCGGGAACCUGCUGCUGGAGCAGGAGCGGCAGCGCAACUUCGAGAAGCAGCGGGAGGAGCUGGCGGGCGUGCAGAAGCUGCAGAGCCAGCUGCGGCUGGAGCAGCAAGGUGAGCGAGGGAGCAGGCAGCCGCCGGUGUGGGUGCAUUGCGGCAGCGCAUGCGUGAAAUCGCCGGGGGACAAGGGCAUGUGUGUCACCAUGCAAGGGCCCGUGUUGGGGCUGCGAGCUCUGCUCAGCACCACCAACCAGAUCCAGAGGCAGGCGGCCGUGCAGCAGCAGAUCCCCACCAAGCUGGCGGCCUUCACCAAGGGCGGCAAGGACAAGGGCGGCAAGAGCAGGGGCUCCCAUCGCAGUGAGAGUUCAGCUUCGUUCGACCUGAAGCAGCAGCAGCAGCUGUUCAGCAAACUCACGGGCAAGGAGGAGUCUGCCUCUCGGAGCCACAGCUCACUGAGUCCCGUCCGGCGCAGCAGCCACCGCUCCGCCUCCCCCCAAGACCUCUCCUGCCAGGUGCCCAGCCCAGCCGUGGAGGACACAUCCCCUGAGUGUCCCCCCUUCCUGCCCGUGCCGCAGCCCCUUACCCCACUCGACAAGGAAGAAGUGAGCAAAGAAGACGUCAUCUUCUUCUAGGGCCAGCGGCUUGAGGUGCUGUGCUCUCUGGGACUCGCCGGCUGCCCUCCCCCUGCCCAGCACACCACCGUGGAUGCCCACCUGGCCAGGCUUGGGGUCGGGGCCGGGGCCCGCCUGUCGUCUCCAGGCUCUUGCUGUAGGAUUGAUCAACAGUGGUGCCUUUUUUUAUACAAAAAGGAACAUUUUUAAUUGAAGGUUGAACCUGAGCUAACUGAGGAGCUAUUUUAAUGGCAGCCCCCGCUUGGGUAGGGAGAGACCCACUCCAAGCAGUUUCCCCAGGUAGUGACAGACUGGGGGUCCCACACGGAGCCUGACAACGGGCCAGACCUCGGUCUGAGGAGGAGGAGACAUGGGCUGGACUGGUCAUUAGGGCAGCAGGAGGGCCAGGUUGUGUCAGCUGUCUCCCUCGGCAGAAUCGAAGCCGAGAUGCACAUGGGUUCAUGGUGAGCCUCAAGGCGAGGGCACAGGCAAGGCGAGGGCACAGGCAAGGCGAGGGCAUACACAGCCCCGGGGACAGAGGCCCCCAGGCAGAGUGGCUGGAAGGAUGGCCAGUUGUACUCAAGUGAGUUCUUUAGGGCAGAACUCACCUCGAAGGGGUCUGACUGGAACCCAUGUUAAUUUAGUGGGUUUUUUAAAACCUGCUGUAGUCAAUCUUCGUGCUUUCCCAGGCACCUCACCGAGUCCGCGUGGCUCUCCAGAUGCUCCGCCUGGGGAAGCCAAAUCAAGAGGUUUGGCCAGGCCAGCACGCCCCUAAGUCCCAGCCCCCAGCAGGGGGCCCUCUGUCCCCAUGAGAUGAGCUGGUUUUCCCAGAGCCUCCAAGAGGAAGUCCCAGGGCUGGUCUCCGGUGCUGAUGGGCUGAUGCAGGUACAACACAGAGCAGAGUGGUGGCGCUGCCGGUGAAGGUGACACGCUGGGAGCACAUGUGGCCUGGAGACCUCCAGUGGGCAGGUGGCCACCUCACAGACCCACACAUCCAGUGAGCUGCUGUAGCGGGCUGUCCCCUUAUCCCUGGAAGAGGGCAAGGGCCACCAGUCCACUCGCAAGGCUGUGGGUGUUGGGGUGGUGUCACAUGUCAGGGUGGUGACUGCGCCAGAGCCACGUCCCACCUCUGGCCAAACACAAGCUCGGGUGCCGGUGCAGGAAGGGGACAUGACUCACUUUUCUGCAUCCCAGGCUCCCUCCACCAGCCCAGAGCCCAGCACCUCCUGAAGCGUUGGCAGGAUGGGUCCUGGGCUGCCCAGGAGUUGGGGCACCACAGGGUCAAGUGACACAGCCAGUGAGUGACGAGCUGACAGCAGCCGUUCAGAGCCACUCCGGCCCCGGCCCCCGCUGGCCCUGACCCCCAACUCUGCCUACGGGACCAGCAGCAUCAGCAAGGACCAAAGAGACGUGUCCUCCGUCCCCUGGACACGAGCCUGUCUGUGCUGGAUCUGUAAUCAGUGUUUGGUGUUUUUGUACUGGGACGAAUCAGCACUUUAGAGAAUCUCCUUACUCCCUGUCCUUUUGUGGCGAGUGCUCUCCUGGCCGCAGGCACCCAGGUCCUCAGAAGAGAUGCCCAAGGCUUCUCCUCGGCGUGGGGUGGGGUCUCCGCUCAGGCCAUGCAGCGGGCAGGUCUCCGGCACAUGCUCUGGCCAGCAGCCUGCGGGGACUCCUGGGUAGGGCCCGGUUUUAUCUGUAAAGUUGGCGGCUGAGCAGUGUUACUCCUGUGGGAUCUGGGUACAUCUUUGGUAACUUUGACAUGAUGUCGGUCCACCCAGUGAUGCUAUGAUCGCAGCAUGUCCUCAUGCGGGAUGUUUCAGAACUGCCUUAGAGCUCAAGCCCGAUUCUAGCAAUAAAGGUGUCUGAAGACGA